AUGGUCCCAGUGUUCGCGUCAACGCACAAGAACUCCCGAGCUCGUCGUGGUUACAUGAACAAGUACUUUUCCAAGCGUAACAUGUCAUCGCUCGAGCCUCUUGUGCAAGAACGUCUCGACAGAUUAUGCUCACGUAUUGAUGAAAGGCUGAAAACUGGCGAGACUCUCAAUCUUGACGGAUGUUUCUCCGCCUUGACUGGAGAUGUCAUUACCCGUCUUUUAUAUGGUAACAACUUCGACUACUUGGGCUCUCCGGAUUUCCAAUUUGUUGUCCGUAAUGCCUUCAUGGGUUUCUCUAAGAUGUAUCAUCUUGCCCGCUUCAUUCCCCUUGCCGUUAAGAUCCUCAAAUUGAUGCCUCUUCCAGUGAUUCAGUUGAUCGCGCCACCGGUAGCUGAGCUUCAGCAACUGCGUGCGGAGAUCGCGGAGAAUGGUUACAAGAAGUUUCAUGCGGAUAAAUGGGAUGUCGAGGAAAAGAAAUCAGUCAUUGUCUCGUCUUUGAAUGACGAGAGUAUCCCACCUGCCGAACGUACGGUCGACCGUUUGGUUGAUGAGGGAACUGUCAUUCUCCUUGCAGGUACCGAUACUACAUCUCGGUCUCUUGCAGUAACUAUGUACUAUCUGCUUAGCAAUCCGGAUUGUUUGGCUUGGAUGCGCCAUGAGUUGGAGACUUCGCUGUCUUUCAACAAAGACCAUGUCUAUGACCUUGGACAACUUGAGAAGUUGCCUUAUUUGACUGGUGUUAUCCAUGAAGGCUUCCGGCUCUCAUUUGGACCUGUCAGCCGAAUGCCUCGCAUUUCAACCCAAGAUUCUCUCCAGUACAACGAAUGGAGUAUCCCACCAGGAGCCACAGUCAGCAUGUCCACUAUGUUCAUGCACCUGGACGAGAACAUUUACCCUAAUCCCACCAAAUAUGAUCCUGAGAGAUGGAUCCGUGCAACCAAGCAAGGUAUCAAUCUGACCAAGUACCUGACAGCCUUCUCAAAGGGUACCAGAAUGUGCCUUGGGAUGAACAUGGCCUACGCCGAGUUUUAUGACUCUGGCUCGGAUCGUGUUGACGUAUGA